CUCUCUCUCUCUUUCUCUCUUCUCUAUCUUCUCUCUCUCAAAAACCAAGAAGAGGGCAUGGCAGAUAUGCUCACUCAAGAACAGAUAGUUGAGUUCAAGGAAGCUUUCACUCUAUUCGACAAAGAUGGCGAUGGUUGCAUUACUCUCGAAGAACUAGCGACGGUCAUACGGUCGUUGGAUCAGAACCCAACAGAGAAAGAGCUUCAGGACAUGAUCAACGAAGUCGAUGCGGACGGGAAUGGCACGAUCGAAUUCGCCGAGUUCUUGAACUUGAUGGCCAACAAAAUGAAGGAAACGGAUGCAGAGGAGGAACUGAAAGAGGCUUUCAAAGUGUUCGACAAGGACCAGAAUGGAUACAUAUCAGAGAGCGAGCUCCGGCAUGUAAUGAUAAAUCUGGGGGAGAAGCUGACGGACGAGGAGGUGGCGCAGAUGAUCAGAGAGGCGGACUUGGACGGUGAUGGUCAGGUCAACUACGAUGAAUUCGUCAAGAUGAUGAUGACCAUUGGAUGAUGAGAAAUGGUCAACGUGGUUGAACGAGAAAGAUCGGAAAAGUCGAUCCCAUUCAUAUUCAUUCGUUGAUUAUUCCUUUGUCCUAUCGCAAUCCCUCCCCAAAAAAAUGAUCCUGUUCUUAUCGCUUUGUUGUAUGUUUAUCUUUAGCUGAUUCAUCAUUUGAAUUUGCAUC